AAAAGGAAAUGAGAAAGGCAGUUUGAGCGGCGCGCUGGCUGCCUCAAGAGCAUUCCUUUGAGGGGAUGCUUUAGGGUUUAGGGAGCUCGCUAGCUCCACCCCCCUUCUUCCCUACUGCAGGUCGUCAUUCAAUCCGUCAGCGUCACCGUGUAGUUGCCAAUUGCCUUGGUGCUAGAAGUUCAACCACCCUCGAAUGGCCACCCCUGAAAAUUUGAAUUCCUGAACUUUUUAGCCAAUAUUGGUUUUGGAGGGCUACAGGAAGAGGAAUUUCGAAGGAGGUUUGGCUGGUGCACAGGUCCACUUGGGAUCCAGAGAAUAGAGAUACAACUUGCAAAGCUUUAUUCAUUUGAACGGUUGCGAUCAGAAGUUGGAAACUCGGAUAAUUUCCCAGGACAUGUUAUACGCUGCCAGAUCAUACUCCAAAGGAUCUGUAGAAUCGAUGUUGGGAAGCUGCAUAUCAACAGUAGCUACACCCUCUACUGCGCAUGUUGCAGUAUUAUCAUCUUCUUCUUAUUCGGCAGUGCUGUCAUCAAGUGUCAAGUUUGAUAAAAUGCUUCGAGUUAUCCGAUUUCAGGCGCAUCGGCGGCUUAUACGCCGGUCGGAUAUUCGCCAUGACUUGCGUUACUGUAGGCAGCUAGAACCUUCUACCCAGCCUCAUGAUUAUUCACCACAAGCCUUUGAUUCAUGCGGUUCAUACGUGAUAGAGGCUGGGCUCGAGACGAAGGAAAGUAAAGGACAUGGAUUGUAUUCGUUUCGCAGUUACUUUCCUACAACGAGAGCCUCUUUAGCUGACUCACCUUUUCGAAGAUUCAAAAAAGACAAGGAGAUUAUGGGGAGAAGAGACCUCUUAAGUCUACCGCAUGUAUACAACAGGAGAAACAUUUUCGGCGAUGUUGGUCCCAUCACGCAAGUCCGAGAACUUGGAUAUUAUUCUUACCAGGAAUAUUCAGAUGACGAAUCAGGAUUUUAUGAGAAUGAUGUCAUUCCUCAAUAUGUUGAUAUAGAGAGAUGGAGGUGGAGGCUGAACCAGUUUCUUCGGGAUGGGAAGCAGCAAGAGAUGGUUUGCACUGACAAGAAAGACAGGCGGGAUCAUGACCAUAUUGGGGAUCUGAUGAAGCAAAUGGGUCUUCAUAUGAAGUUGUACUCCAAAGUGCUAGUUAUUAGCAAAGCGCCGCUGCCCAAUUACAGGCCUGAUCUGGAUGAGCGCAGGCCGCAACGAUUGGUUUCAUUUCCAAGCCAAGUUCAAAGGAAGGUUGAUGCCUUGCUCAAAGAAUUUGCAUUUCGCAAAAAGCAGGGCUUGAUGUCUGCGUCUGAAGGUGGAGACAUUGAUGAGGACACGUGUAGUGAUGUAGUUGAUGCUGGGUUGGAGACUGCCGAUAUGUUACCAGGCAUGGCUAAUGCAGUUCAAGAGCUGCAGAAUAAACGCAACAGGCAAAUUCGAAAUAAGCAAAGAGGCUGGCAAGAGUCUGAGGAGGGACAGAGGAUCCUUGAGUUUCGGAAGUCCUUACCUGCAUAUAAACAGAGGGACGCUUUACUGGCAGCUGUUGCAAGGAAUCAGGUUGUUGUAGUUUCUGGUGAGACGGGCUGUGGGAAAACAACUCAGCUGCCCCAAUAUAUUCUUGAAUCAGAAAUCGAAGCGGGGCGAGGAGCAACUUGUAGUGUAAUAUGUACACAGCCUCGUCGAAUUUCAGCCGUAUCAGUGGCGGAAAGAGUUGCUGCAGAAAGGGGGGAAAAUAUUGGUGAAUCUGUUGGUUAUCAAGUUCGACUGGAGGGUAUGCGCAGCCGGCAAACACAGUUACUCUUUUGCACUACGGGUAUUUUAUUGCGAAGGUUGAUGAAUGAUCGGGAAUUGAAAGGGGUUAGCCAUGUCGUUGUAGACGAGAUUCACGAGCGAGGCAUGAAUGAAGACUUUUUAUUGAUUGUUUUAAAAGAUCUUCUUCCUCGACGGCCUGAUCUUCGCCUUGUACUGAUGAGUGCAACUUUGAAUGCGGAUCUAUUUUCAUCUUAUUUCAAUAGAGCUCCUAUGGCACACAUACCAGGCUUCACCUAUCCCGUGAAGUCUUAUUUCCUAGAAGACAUUCUGGAAACUACUGGUUACCGCCUUACUGCCACAAACCAGAUUGAUGAUUAUGGUCAGGAUAAGCAGUGGAAAAUUAGGAAACAGUAUGUUACAACCCGGAAAAAGAACCCGUUGAACAGUUUGGCGGAUGAUGCACUGGCUGGCGAAGAUUUUCGCCACCUUUCUCCCCGAACCCAAGCCUCCUUAGCAGCAUGGAGUCCAGACAACCUGGGUUUCAAUCUGAUAGAAAAUGUUCUUCUUCAUGUUACUCAACAUGAACAGGAAGGUGCAGUUCUUGUUUUUAUGACAGGUUGGGAGGAAAUUACUGCUUUAAAAGAACAAUUACAGAGACAUCCAGUUUUGGGCAAUCCUGAUGUCGCUCAGAUCCUUGCUUGUCAUGGAACUAUGGCCACUGCUGAACAGAAACUCAUCUUUGAGCACCCUCCUCCUGGAGUCCGAAAAAUUGUGCUGGCAACCAACAUGGCCGAGACCAGCAUUACAAUUAAUGAUGUCGUAUUUGUGAUAGAUUGUGGAAAAGCCAAAGAAACCUCUUAUGAUGCUUUAAAUAAUACCCCGUGCCUUCUGCCUACGUGGAUUUCUCAGGCAUCGGCUAGGCAAAGACGGGGUAGGGCUGGCAGGGUGACGCCCGGAAUUUCUUACCAUCUAUAUCCCAGGGCUGUCUAUGAUGCUUUUGCUGAGUAUCAGCAACCUGAGUUACUUCGCACUCCUCUUCAUUCCCUUUGCUUGCAGAUCAAGAGUCUAAAACUUGGCAGUGUUAGCCAAUUUUUAUCUAGGGCUUUGCAGCCUCCAGAGCCACUGGCAGUUCAAAAUUCUGUGGAAUUAUUGAAAACCAUCGGAGCUCUUGAUGAGAAAGAAAAUCUUACUCGUCUUGGUAAACAUCUGUCUCUCCUUCCAGUGGAGCCUAACAUUGGGAAGAUGCUUAUCAUGGGAUCUAUUUUCGGCUGCUUGGAUCCUAUUCUUACUAUAGCUGCAGGUCUUGCUGUCCGCGAUCCCUUCAUCAUGCCUUCUGAGAAGAAAGAGUUGGCCGAUGAAUCUAGGCUAAGUUUUGCUGGAGGAGAUGCAAGUGAUCACAUUGCAUUGGUGAGAGCUUAUGAAGGAUGGCAAGAAGCUAUGACGUAUGGAACUGCAUAUGAUUAUUGCUGGAAGAAUUUUUUAUCUUUUCAGACUCUGCAGGGGAUGACUUCGUUAAGAAAGCAAUUCUCUAGCGUCCUGAGGGACGCCGGGUUCUUGGACAAUGAUAUGGAAAAGUUCAAUAAGUAUAGUGGUGACCGCGACUUAGUCAGGGGUGUAAUUUGCUCGGGUAUGUAUCCGGGAGUAAUAUCGGUGUAUCGACGGACGAGAUCCACAACUUUCAAGACGAUUGAAGAUGGCCAGGUUAUGCUGCACCAGAAUUCAGUGAAUAGCAAGGAUGUGGAUUUUCUAUAUCCAUGGCUUGUUUUCACUGAUAAAGUGAAGACCUCCAAUGUCAUGAUUCGGGACACUACUGGUGUAUCAGAUUCUAUGCUUCUCUUAUUUGGUGGUCAGGUAAAUCAAGGCGGUGAACCGGGCCACUUGGUGAUGAACAAUGGGUUCAUGGAGUUUUUCAUGGAACCAAGUGUUGCUCUUAUGUAUCUGAGGUUACGAAAAGAACUGGAUGAUCUAAUUUCGAGGAAGCUAGCAAAUCCAGAAAUGAGUAUCUAUGAAGAAGGAAAAGUUCUUAUGAGAGCCGUUUUUGAGGUUUUAGACGCUGAUCAGUGUGAAGGUUCCUUCACAUUCGGACGUAAGGUGAAGGCUUCUAAGCCAUUGACCAGAUCGUCGGACUCAUCAGAUGUGAAGGGAUUGUUACAGACGCUAUUACUUCGGGCUGGAAAGAAACCUCCUGUGUACAGAACACGGAUGGUGAAAGGAAAUUUGUACCAGUCAUCUAUUGAAGUGAAAGGCAGGGGAUUUACUGGGGAUCCUGCUUCCAGCAAGAAGGUCGCAGAGAAGAAUGUAAGUGCAAUGGCUCUGGAAUGGUUGACUGGCCUCUCGAAGCCAAAACGCAUGGCCUGACAUCCUACAAUGGACCAAACUAAUGCUAAAGUUCUCUAGAACUAUUGCAAGAAAUGGUUGUCAAGUGUGCCAUCUGAAAAGCACAAUUAUUUUGUCAGUUGGUUAUACCUCGGUUACGGCCGUAGACAAGACACUUGACGAGUUACCCAUUCAGAUAUCUGGGUUUGUGCACUUAAAUGCUUGAUAUCUGCACAAGCACAAUUCUCUUGUUGACAUGGUCAUUCAGAACCAUCUACGCAGUUGGGCACAACGCAGCAAGCAUCACAUUCAAGAUGAUACAGUAUUCCCCAGUCCCGUGUCAUUCAACCCCACUCAAGAGCUGAUGCUGUUGAACCAGGCUGACUGCUAAGUUGUGGAUGUCAGUCCUCCACGAAAGUGAUCCUGUUGGAAUCAAUGCCACAUCUUUCAGCUAAUAUUUGCUUAGCCUUCUGUGAGGGAGUUGGGAAAUCAAGCAAAACCUGAACUGGGUUGGCAUUCAUCCAUACGUGGUGCAGGUGGAAUAACUAGGACCAGCAAGUUUUGUUAAUUGCAGGCACACUCUACAAUACCACCCUUUUAAUUUUUUGAUUUUAAAAAUUUCAAACCAUGUUGAGUGCAUGGUAUGGGUUCUAAAGAAGGACCCCAAGUUACAUGUUUUUACGAGGCUGUAGAAAGGAAGAAACCCUGACUAGUGGGUUAAUAUUUCCUUGUAAGGAGAUGUUCAGUACCCUUUUUGCAGAGUAGGUAUUUAGAAAGGAGUUACAGAAGAAUUGCAUUUCUUUUUAGAGUAUCCACACAAUUUUUAGUUUCCAAAUGAUUAUUUGUGUGCUUGAUGAACCUGGAGACCUCAUGAGGAUGUUGAUAUCCUCUUUACUGCCAAAUGUACCAUUUCCACAUGCGAAUAAAUUGUUAUGAGUGCCUUGGUGCUUCAGAUAACAUUAAUGAGUA